AUGACGAACGAACUCAAGGUGUACCUGUUCGGCGACGAGACAUUCCCCCUCCAGCCAGGCCUGCGGACGUUGCUCCACCACAGAUCAAAUAUAGUACUGGACGAUUUCCUCGUCAGAGCAUACGACGCAAUUCGUGUAUUGCUAUACGAACUGCCGCCAGCUGUAAGGGAGAACCUUCCUAAUUUCACCUGUCUCGAGGAUCUCCUCCUAUGGAGCCCCGGCGUAGCACGAUGCGUCCCGCUCGAGAUGGCCAUGAGAUGCCUGUAUCAAGUCGGCCUAUUUAUGGUUGAAUCGGACAUCGAAGACUUUUCCAGCGCGUCGUGUCGCGUCCUCGGCCACUGUACAGGCGCCCUUGUUGCGGCUGCUGUGCGCUGUAGUCGCAGCCCUCUGGACCUCGUGCAAAGGGGCCUUGAGACUAUCGUCGUGGCCUUCCGAACAGGCCUGCUUGUGGCAGAUAUGGCGCAGCGAAUGAUGUCCAUUCGAGCUUCGGACCAAAGCCAAAGUUGGUCAAUCAUUGUGUCCGGACUGGCGGCAGUAGAAGCGGUCGAUCAGUUCUGUAAACGAAGCAAUCCACCCAUGGCCAGCCGCCCGUAUGUGAGCGCUUAUGCGCCAAAUGGAGUCACCGUCAGCGGGUCUCCGACUGCCUUGGCCGACCUCGUGGUAGCGGACGAGUUCAAAGAUUUCAAAUAUAAGGCCAUUCCUAUCUACGGACCGUACCACGCGGCCCAUCUGUACUCCCAACACGACGUUCACGAGGUUGUUAGUGGUGCCAUUGCGACGAGGGCUGUAGGGGCCCAGCCCUGCCCACCGGUUUCGGACAGUGAACCCGACAGAGGCCGCGAGGACUUCGCAAGUAGCAUGGAGCGCGCCGUUGCGGACAUCCUGCUCCACCCGAUCCGAUGGGAUGGCAUCGUCGACCAAUUGCAGACGUGGCUUCGUGAAGUCCAGCCGGCGUCAUUAAAGGUUGUGCCAAUCGCGUCCUCAGCAGACCGGUUGAUCUACACUGCUCUCAAGCAGACAGAAUUCGCGUCGCUCGUCCCAUCAUCAUUAAACCCACCGAGUGGACCUGCAAAGUCCCCCGUCCCUCCCAUGCCCACCGGAAAGAAGCCCAAGCUUGCAAUAGUGGGAAUGUCCGGGCGAUUCCCUGGAGCCAAGGACAACGACGCAUUCUGGGACCUCCUGCAUCAAGGUUUGGACGUACACAAGCCGGUCCCGGACCUUCACUGGGAUGCAAGAACGCACGUUGAUCCCGCCGGCAUCCGCAAGAAUACCUCUGCCACGCCGUUCGGAUGUUGGCUGGACAACCCAGCGGCGUUCGAUGCGCGGUUUUUCAAUAUCUCGCCCCGCGAAGCGCCCCAGAUUGACCCUGCGCAGCGCCUAGCAUUGAUGACUGCAUACGAAGCAAUCGAACAGGCGGGUCUUGUGCCCGAUGCUACGCCAUCCACCCGACGAGAUCGUGUAGGCGUGUUCUACGGCGUAACCAGUAACGACUGGAUGGAGACAAACAGUGCGCAGGAUAUCGAUACGUAUUUUAUCCCUGGUGGUAAUCGAGCCUUCAUCCCCGGUCGAAUCAACUACUGCUUUAGGUUCAGUGGGCCCAGCUACGCGGUUGACACGGCCUGCUCGUCCAGUUUAGCAGGGAUCCACCUUGCGUGCAAUGCACUGUGGCAGCGAGAUAUCGAUACCGCUAUUGCCGGGGGCACGAAUGUGUUGACGAACCCUGACUUUACGGCCGGCCUUGAUCGAGGCCACUUCCUUUCUCGCACGGGGAAUUGCAAGACCUUUGACGAUCAGGCGGAUGGGUACUGUCGGGGUGAGGGGAUCGGGACGGUGAUUCUCAAGCGCUUGGAUGAUGCUCUGCUGGAUAAUGAUCCGAUUCUGGGAGUUAUUGUGGGCGCGUAUACAAAUCACUCGGCGGAAUCGGAGUCGAUUACACGCCCGCAUUCGGGGGCGCAGCGUGCUAUCUUCUCCAAGAUCCUCAACGAGAGCGCGGUGCACCCACACAGUGUUAGCUAUGUGGAGAUGCAUGGGACUGGUACGCAGGCAGGGGAUGCCGGGGAGAUGAGCAGCGUCCUUGAUACGUUUGCACCGCCGCCGUCGCAGGGACCAGCAAGAGCACCACGAGACGCACUAUAUCUAGGCUCAGCAAAAUCGAAUAUCGGCCAUGGAGAAGCGGCCUCAGGCGUGUCAAGCUUGAUCAAGGUGUUGCUGAUGAUGCAGAAAAACACGAUAGUCCCGCACUGCGGCAUCAAGACGAGGAUCAACCGCAAGUUCCCGACCGACCUGCGCGAGCGAAACGUGCACAUUGCCCUGCAGCCUACGUCCUGGAACCGGAGCAGCAGAUCCUCUCCGCCGCGGCGAGCGUUUGUCAACAACUUUAGUGCGGCGGGUGGGAACUCGGCGUUGCUGCUGGAGGAUGCGCCGUGUCAUGAGCCCGUUGAAUUGGAAGGCGCAGAUCCGCGAAGCCAUCAUGUUGUUGCUGUCUCUGCUAAAGUCGGCAGCUCCUUGCAGGGGAACAUCCAGGCCCUGCUGGCAUUCCUGAAAAACAGCAAGCCUGGCAUUCCUCUGGGACAGCUGUCCUACACCACGACUGCACGUCGAAUGCACCAUCCCCAUAGAGCCAUGCUCGUCGGCUCAACCGUCGAGGAGCUUUGCGCCGAGGCCCAGGCCGCCCUGAGGAAUGGUACCGGCAUGACCCGACCGAAAAGCGCACCCAAGAUCGUCUUUACAUUCACCGGACAAGGAGCGCAGUAUCCCGGGAUGGGAAAAGAUUUCUUCGCGCACUUCAGCCUGUUCCGCACGGAGAUCUGCCGGCUUGACCAAAUGGCUCAGAAUAUGGGCUUUCCGUCAUUUCUCCCUGUCAUUCAAUCCGUGGAGCAAGAUAUUGCAGCGUUCGACCCCAUUGUCGUGCAGCUCGCGAGCGUCUGUCUCCAGAUUGCAAUGAGCAGAUUGUGGGCGUCUUGGAAUAUCACGCCUAGCGCCGUGGUCGGCCACAGUCUCGGCGAAUACGCGGCGCUGAAUGUUGCAGGGGUCAUCUCGGACGCAGACACGGUCUACCUCGUGGGAAAGCGGGCUGAACUGCUCCAGAAAACAUGCACACGGGAUACUCACGCAAUGCUUGUGGUACGGGGCGCUAUGGAUGAUAUUGCGUCCAUUUUAGGAGAUCAGGGGUACGAAAUCGCGUGCAUUAAUUCCCCCGUUGAGACGGUCAUCGCGGGAUUGAACGACCAUGUCGCUGCUUGGAGAGACUCGCUGGCGAGAUCCGGAGUCAAAUGCACCCUUCUCAAGGUCCCGUACGCAUUCCACUCUGCCCAGGUCGACCCAAUUCUCUCCGAGUUUGCCAGUCUUGCGGACCGCGUCACUUUUGCAAAGCCCCGGAUUCCGGUUCUGCGGCCCUUGGAUGGCGGCGUCGAUGAUUCUGACGACUUCGGCGGCGCAUACCUUGCAGCUCAUGCUCGUCAACCUGUGAACAUGCUCAAUGUGCUUGAAGUUGCGUACAGCAAAAAGCUCAUCACGGACCAGACGGCUCUGAUUGAGAUUGGUCCGCAUCCUGCUGUCUCGGGGAUGGUGAAGGCCGUGCUUGGAAGCCAGGCCAUCACGCUCCCAUCCGCACAACGAGCCAGGUCCAUCUGGCAGACCAUCACCGCGGCGCUGAAGCAGCUAUACAUCUCCGGUGCCAAUGUCCACUGGGCAAACUACCACCGCGACUUCAGGGCGUGCCACAAGGUCAUUCCUCUUCCAGCAUAUAACUGGGAUCUCAAGGACUACUGGAUCCAAUACGUGAACGACUGGUCGCUGCGGAAAGGGGACCCUCCACUUAUGGCGCAGGCAACCACGCUAAAGAGCACGACAAUCCACAGAGUCAUCGAGGAGAGCGGAGACCAUAUCCAGAGAUCACACAUUGUGGUUGAAUCCGAUAUCGCACGAGAGGAUCUGAGUCCGCUUGUGCAGGGGCACGAGGUCGAUGGGAUCCCCCUAUGCACGCCCUCCGUGUACGCAGAUAUGGCUUUGACCAUGGGCAAGUACCUCCUUGAACGCUGUCGAUCAGGGCAGGAGGAUAAUCUCGUGGACGUGUCAAACAUGACCAUAUCCAAGGCAUUGAUCCUACGAGAAGGCGUCUCGCAACAGCUCCUCCAAGCGCACGCCGACGUAAACUGGACAACGCAAUCCACCGAGAUGAAAUUCAUGUCAUUCAACACCAAAGGAACCCUGCAAGAACACGCCCGCUGCACCGUCCUCUUCAAAAACAACACCCUACGAUCGAACCUGCAGCAAUCCGCGCCCGAAACCAAGCGCAAAAUGCAAGCCCUACGCGCCGGCAUCACAUCUGAAACAACCGCGCGCUUCAACCGCCCCAUGGUCUACCGCAUGAUCCGGCCAUUAGCCCGCUUCCACGCGGACUACCGCGCAAUCGACGAGAUCGUGCUGAACAGUAGUACCCUGGAGGCAUCGAGCCGGCUGAGCUUCGGGAGCGUCAAGCGCGGCGGCGACUUCCAUACGCACCCGGCUAUUAUCGAUGCGCUCACGCAGUCGUGCGGGUUUGCGAUGAACUGCAAUGAUCGGACGGAUCUGGAUGUCGAGGUCUUUAUGAAUCAUGGCUGGGGCUCGUUGCAGAUUUUUGAGCCGAUUGAGUUUGACAAGGUUUAUACGACGUAUACGCGCAUGGAGGAGGGGAAGGAUAAGUUGUGGCAUGGGGAUGUUGUUAUUUUUGAUGGGGAUACGGUUGUUGCGUAUUUUGGACAGAUUGCGAUCCAGGGCGUUCCUCGUCGAGUCUUGAAGGUGAUUCUUUCCCUUGAGAAGGGAGGUGACAGGUCCAAGAAGUCGCAGCCUGAGCUGUCUUUGCAGCCACUACAAUUCAAGACUAACAAAACGCCACCUUCUGCAACUCCUCGAUCAUCCAGAAUUGCAAAAGCACUCUCCAUAAUUGCAGACGAAAGCGGGCUCGCGGUUGCAGACUUGACGGACAAUACGGUCUUCGCCGACGCGGGUAUCGACUCCCUUUUAAGCCUCACCAUCUCCGCCCGAUUCAAGGAGGAACUGGACCUUGACGUCGACUUCAAUGCAUUUUCCUUUGACUAUCCCACCGUCGGGGACCUCAAGGGUCUUCUGUGCGGCGAGGACGAAACAACAUCGGGAUCAUCCAGUUCCAGCGGGAACGGGCAGACAACCCCCGUCGGCCACGACACAGAGACUACAACUCCCUCGGAAUUUUCCACGAAAAUCGACUUUGACCGUGUGCUUGAGAUUAUCGCUGAGGAGAGCGGCAUCUCGCGAGAGGAGUUCACCGACGACACCAACUUUGCUGACUCGGGCGUCGACUCGCUCUUGUCGCUUGUCGUUGUCAGCCGCUUCCGAGAUGAACUAGAGCUCGACAUUCAGCAUGAGUCUCUCUUCCUGGAGUGUCCCACUGUUGCGGACCUGAAGAUGCUGUUGGUAGGAGCAGGAAGCGUUGAGGCUAUCCCCAUCCCCAUUGAAACGGUCGCGGCAGAAGAGCUGGAGACGUUGAAUGAAAUGGCUGCAGGCCAAGAACCAAACAGCUGCUCUAAUGACGACGAGACACUGGAGCUCACAAUUCGCAAAAAAGCCGUAGACGAGCUCGUCGACAGAUACACGGCCUCCUUCUCCGUUCCUGAUUCCCUCCCUUCAUCAGCAACCGGCGCACCAAAUCCCAACGAGAAAGUCGUCCUGGUCACCGGCGCAACCGGCAGUCUAGGCGGCCACUUAGUCUACCAUCUCGCACAGCUCCCCUGCGUAGAAACAGUGGUGUGUCUGAACCGCGAGCACAGAUCCGGCUCCGAUCCCUACACGCGUCAGCAAAAGGCAAUGCGAGAAAAAGGGAUUCGAUUCCCGGACGCUCUGAAGCCCAAGCUUCUCGUUUUGCAAACCGACACCUCUAAGCCGAUGCUGGGUCUCGCAGAACACGAGUAUAAGCGCCUAGUCGGCUCAGUCACGCAUCUCAUCCACAACGCCUGGCCGAUGAGCGCGAAACGCCCCUUAUCCGGGUUCGAAUCGCAGUUCGCGGUCCUGCAGAACCUUACCGACUUCGCAUGCGAGGUCAUUGCGCACCGGCCUAGGGAAUUCAAAUUCAGUUUCCAGAUGGUCUCGUCGAUCGGGGUGGUUGGUAGGUAUGGUCAUGCCCAUGGCCCUAGCCCUAAAUGCCAAGAAUCCCCGACAGGUGUAGGAAACAAGACACCAACGCCAGAACGAACCCUCGUCCCCGAGUCACCCGUCGACAUACCCAGCGUCCUCCCAAACGGCUACAGCGAAGCAAAAUGGGGCUGCGAGCGGAUGAUCCAGGCGACAAUGCAGACGCACCCGGAGCGCUUCCGGUCGAUGAUCGUGCGCCUAGGCCAGAUCGCGGGCUCCAAGACAAGCGGGUACUGGAACCCCAUGGAGCACUUUGGGUUCAUGAUGAAGUCGUCGCAGACGCUGGGCGUGUUGCCUGAUGUGCCGGGGACGGUGUUCUGGACGCCCGUUAACGAUGUUGCGGGCACGCUGUGUGACCUGGUGCUAGCUGAGCACGUGCCGUAUCCGGUGUACCAUGUUGAGAAUCCGGUUGGGAGGCCGUGGAGCGAAGUCAACGGUAUCUUGGCCGAUGGGCUUGGGAUCCCGGCGCUGGUUCCGUUUGGCGAGUGGCUUGCGCGUGUUAGGGCGGCGCCGCAGCGUGGGAAUCCGGCUGCGACGUUGGUGGACUUUUUGGAGGAGACGUACUUGCGUAUGAGCUGUGGGGGGUUGGUCCUAGAUGUGAAGCAUACCCUGGAGCAUUCGGAGACUUUGGCGGCUGUGGGUGCGGUUAGCGAGGAGGUGAUUAGGAAGUAUAUACAUAUUUGGAAGGAAAUUGGGUUUUUGGAUUGA